CCGCCGCCUUGGCUGCUGGGGGACCUGCUAUCCCCGAAGGGCCUGAAAGGGCCCGACAUUCACGCGUUUACUGCGCCGUCGGCCACCAGGUACGACCGCUGGCGUUCGGACGAGGGCGAGGUAGGCUUCGCCGCGACCAGGGUUUCGGGGAUGGAUAUCAAGGCUCUCAACCCGCUGGACGAUGGAGACAGCGACGGGCUUGUCUCGUUCGGGUCUGCCAGCGGCUGUGCGAAUUGGCCGCACCCAGCGGGGGUUCUCCGCUUUCGCGAUGGCUGCCUAGCCAUCCAUGGCGCGCCGACCGUCGAGGGGGACGAAGCUGCCACAGGCGCCGAGAGGACUACCCUGUAUCAGUCUGCGGACGAGUUCGGGGCGGACGGCCCAGAGGAGGGCGUCGAGGCCGACGACCUCACUCCCAUCCCG